GAAAUAUAUUAAAAACAUUUAUUACUAUUAAAUACAGUUGGUAUAGUAUAUAAUAAUGGUUAUUAAGGUGAAGGUAGAAUUUUUGGGAGGUUUGGAUAUAAUAUCCAGUAGUGUAAGAGAGCAUAAAUGUUCAAUUCCAUUAGAAGAAGGUGAAGCUACUAUGAAAGAUUUGAUUGAAUAUGUUACUAAAAAUAUAAUUACUGAUGCAAAGGAUAUUCCUGUAUUUAUAGAAGAUGAUACGGUUCGUCCAGGAAUAUUAGUACUUAUAAAUGAUACUGAUUGGGAAUUAGAAGGUAUGGAAGAUUAUGUUCUUGAAUCGGGUGAUGUAUUUACAUUUACAAGUACCUUACAUGGAGGAUGAGAGCUAUAUGUACAUACAACACUUAAACUUAAACUU